CUUGCCAUGCCUUGCCUUGCAUGCUUAUUCCAUAUAUACCAAAACAGACAAAAUUUAAAAUGUCUCUCCACACCGCCAUUGAUAUUAGAGAGAGAGCGGAUUACUCUAGAUUAAUUACUCAUGGCCAUGGCGGCAACUGGAGUUUGCGCAUAUGCCACCGGUUACUCGCCGGUGUCCCGCCGGAACCUGGAGAUGACAUCGUUUAGACCAAUAUUAAUGAAGCAAAGCCGGACUCGGGCAUUCGCUGCAUCCUCGUUGUCGGAACAGGCAUCAACGGUAACGAAACCCAAGUCAACAACGUCAACGCUUCCUCAGAACAGUGGAAAAUUUCAGGAACAAGAAGCGACGAAAAAUGUUUAUGCCAAUAUGGACGAAUUACCGGAGGAAGACGAAGGUAGGAAGACGCUCAAGGAUUUCUUUGAGGCCUGCAAAGAGUUUAUCGGAUCCGACGGCGGUCCGCCUCGCUGGUUCUCUCCCUUGGAGUGCGGCUGCAGGGCACCGGAUUCUCCCCUGCUUCUCUUUUUGCCUGGAAUUGAUGGCACUGGACUUGGGCUUCUAAUGCAUCACCAGAAAUUAUAUUUGUAAUAAAAAAAUCAUAUAUUUCGAAAAGAAAGUUGAACAUUUUUU